GGGGCAGAAGAAGAAGACCCGGUUCUCCUUCAGCUGGCGGUUCGGUCUGUUGUCGCUUGCUCUACUGAACCGGGUUCGUACCGUGGGUCAGGCUUCGUCUGUAAAUGGCUGGUGUUGUUCGGAACCUGUUCGCUCCGUGGCGUUUCGUCAGGUCGGCCCGGUCGGUCCAGCUGUCUGCCAUCCCCACCCUGAACUUUCACACCACUCCCUUGUCCAUGAUGGGGGCUUCAGUGGAACAGUUCAACCAAGCUAAGGACCGACUCGGCACGCUGAAGAAAGACCCGGGCAACGAGGUCAAACUCAAAAUCUACGCCCUCUUCAAACAGUCCACCCAGGGACCGUGUGACACGCCUAAACCCAGUAUGCUGGACUUUGUCAACAAGGCCAAGUGGGACGCAUGGAAAUCUCUGGGCUCCAUAGCACAGGAAGAAGCCAGGAAGCAGUACUGUGAUCUGAUCGACUCCCUAGUAGCGGCGGAAGGCGGCUCCACCCAGCUGGCCGCACAGCCUGCUGCGAGUGGAGCAUAUGAGACGCUCUUAGUCACCACAGAGGAUGACAUCACUACUAUCAAGCUCAACCGGCCCAGCAAGAAGAAUGCCAUCACUACAGAGAUGUACACUGAGAUUAUCAACGCUCUGGAUCAGGCAGCUAAAGAUGACUCUGUCCUCACAGUCAUCACUGGUGCAGGUGACUUCUACUGCAGUGGGAAUGACCUGACAAACUUCACCAAGAUCCCGGAGGGCGGGAUCCAGCAGAUGGCCAGAGACGGAGGCGAACUGCUCAGGAAGUAUGUGAAGGCUUACAUAGACUUCCCCAAGCCGCUGGUUGCUGUAGUAAACGGGCCGGCUGUAGGAGUCUCCGUUACAGCGAUGGGCCUCUUCGACUUGGUGUAUGCUACUGAGAGGGCAACAUUCCAUACCCCCUUCAGCCAGUUGGGUCAGAGUCCUGAGGGAUGUUCAUCCUAUACUUUCCCCAAGAUAAUGGGCACUGCCAAGGCCAGUGAGAUGUUAUUGUUUAACAGGAAGUUGACAGCGGUCCAGGCCUGUCAGCAGGGUCUGGUCUCCGAGGUCUUUCCUGACAGCUCCUUCCAGUCUGAGGUUUGGACCAGACUCCGAGCCUACGCUAAGCUACCUCGCAAUUCUCUGGCUCUGUCUAAGCAGCUGAUCAGGGCUGCAGAGAGGGAGCGUCUACAUGCGGUGAAUGAUGCGGAGGUGGAGAGGCUGGUGGAGCGCUGGCUGUCAGACGAGUGCAUGAACGCCGUCAUGAGCUUCUUCCAGGCCAAGUCCAAACUGUGAGGGGCGACAGAGAACGACCAGUAAACACACACACACACACAUUUAAAUUAACUGCACACACUUGUUCAUCCAAGCUGUCCAGGUUUGGGAGAGGACACAAACGGGUUUUCAGAUGCCAGCCGCUGCCCUGCAUGAGAGUCACCUGGUCCAGAUGACGGUCCAGUGAUGGAGGGAGGAUGCUGGUCAGUCCAGACAGGCAGCGGAUGUUUUUUUCUUCUUUAUAUUUAGUUAAUGCUAAUCUAACACACCUUCCUCUAUCACAACGGCCUCUCCUCCCAGAAGUGACAGCUCUCAGGUGACGUCAUGGUCCACACGUGUCGUCUCCUGAGCGUCCAAAUGAGAUUCAGUCGAGAGAAAAGUGACGGUACUUUUAAACGUCACGUUAAACAAACGACAACACUUUUAACAAAUAGUAAAUAUAAUUUAGCUCCUUGCUUGACCGAAUAGUAGGACGUGUGUGGACUUUGACUAGAUUCUGUAUUUCAGAAAUAAUGAAAAAUUAACAUUUUUUAAAAACUGAGUCACAUUUUGUUUUUGUUUUUUUUUCCUUUUUUGUCUCAAUCCUACAAGAUUCGUUUAAAAACAACACACCAACACAAGUAAAUCAUUAUUCACUAUGAAAGAAAAGUCAAGCUGCUGAAAGAAAAGCAGACGGUAAUGUUUAACAGAUAGAAAUGUGAGCCGCUGAGGGGACGAUGCCCGCUUGCGUCUCCUCCCCAGGCUGACCGGACUUUAUGUGAGGAUGCUUGGUGUGUUGGUGUGUGUGGGUCUGUUGUUUUACAUUUGUGCCUUAUGGAUUCAAGAUCCUUCAUAAACCACCAUGUGUGUUGUUGUGAAGGUGCACAGCGUCUGUUUGUACUCAAUUAACAGUCACUUUUCUGACAAGUACUUAAAUAAACGAUGUGAAU